AUGUCGAUAGAAUCAGUCGACACGUUUGAACCAUCUUCGUCAACACCGGUUUUUGGUGGUGAAGUAUCUCAAACAAAACUUCAACAACAGCAACCAAGUAAAGACGUUGAAGAAUCGGAGAAAUUAGUAACACCAUCUGUUGCUGUUGUUAAUGGACAAACUGAUUCAACAAAGAAUAAAACUAGCGGUAAUACAGCAGAAUCAGCUCAAGAACAUCCUAGAAAAAAUGGUACAACAGACGAACAUGUUAAUGAACAAAAUAAAUCAGCAACUGUUGAUACAAUUCCAUUAGUUGAAUCGCCAAGCGAUGAUAAUCCAGCUGGAGAAUUUAAUGCAACAUCGGGAGCAUCUGAUUCAGUAGAUAAAUCAAGUCAAAAAGAAUCAACUUCAGUAUUAGCAGAUGAACAAAAAAUUAAUGUUGCGCCCCCAGCAGUAUCACCAACAAAUGAUGUAUCAGCACCAACUGAACCUGAAACUGCUUUAUCAAUAUCAGUCGAUGAAGUUAAAGAGGAUGUUUCAUCGACAGCAACAACAAAUGUUGAACACGCUCCACCAACUGGUCCUUCUGUUGCAACAACAUCGGAAGAUACUUCUCCUGUAGCAGCUUCAACUGCAGAGACAAUUGUUCACGUCGAUUCUGCAUCAUCAGAACCCAAAGUCAGAACUCCUCGUGGUAAAGCUAAAUCACCAGUAAUAUCAACUCCACCAACACGUCAAUCAACACGUGCGAGAAAACCUGUUACAUCAACUAACAAAGAUGAAACAGAAACAACUGAAGAUAUUACUCCUACAAAGACAAAUCAAAAACCACCUACAUCAACACGUGGCAAACGCCAAGCAGCUACAACACCAAAGGAUACUAAACAAACAACACCAACAGCAGGCAGUAGUUCUACUGAAAAAGUUCAAAAUAAACCUGAAAAAGAAACAGUUCGAUCUGAUGUUGAAGAUCAUGGUGAUUCAGCAAAAGAUAAAACUAAAACACCGACCCUCCGUAAAGGAACACGAACAACGCCAGUAAGCACGGUACAAAAACGUGAAGCAUCACCAUCACCAUCACCAUCACCAUCACCAAGUGUCUCGAAAAAGCAAAAAGCAACACCAAAAGGUAGAAAAUAUACUACAAAAGAUGAUAACGAAAAAAUGGAUGUUGUUAAUGAAAAAGGAAACAAAGCAGUAACAACAAUUGAAACUGAAAAUCCUCAAACACCGCCGAAAAAACCACGAACAAGUGCAAAUAAAACAACACCAACAUCGAAAACACCAGAAUCAAAUGAAGAAUAUAUGCGAAAAUUACGACCACGUAAAUGA